AUGGAUUCAAAAGUUGCCCAGACAUCCGAGCUCCAAAAGCUGGCUUAUGCAUCGUUGAGCGAGUAUUUGCAAAAACAUGAGAGCGAAGUCGUGAGUAUCGAGAUCCUGCCUCCUGGUAUGCAGCCACCAGACGGUGUAUUGAUGCAAGAUGGGCUGGCUCUGGGGAUUUCAAAGAAAGCGCUCGCUUUGGCUUAUGUGGAAGCGCGUGGACAAUUCUUCGCAAACAAGCAGAGUAGUGAUCCCUCCACGACAAACCAAACAAUGCGGGCGACGGAGAUUAUCCUUCUUUUUGACCCAGAGCAUAUCACUGCUGCAAACUUUCGUAAGAGCGUGCUCGCUCGACUAGAAGCUGAGCACGGGCUCACGACUGGAAACACUUGUCACAAGGCUUUACGGCGAGAACUUUGUUUUCUAGACAGCAUCCUCACAUCUCCACUCCACCGCCAAUCCAAGUCACCAACUCUGUGGUAUCAUCGCUCCCGGGUCAUAGACGCCCUCAUCACCAUCGAACUUUCGAAUGCAUUGGAUGAUCAAAAGGCAGUCUUUUGGCACAGGGAGCUUGAUGCUGUGUGCAAAUCCGGGGAGCAGCAUCCUAAGAACUACCACGCCUGGCAAUAUGCCCGUAGAAUGGUACAAAAAGCUAGCAGCAGCGAGCUCAAUGGCCAGUUCGCUCGUCACGUCAAAGCCUGGUGCUACAGACACCCCAGCGACAUAUCCGGUUGGUCUUUCCUGUUAUAUUUAAUGCCUCGGUUAGGCACUUCAUUGAACCAAGAGCUCGUGAGCGAUGUCUUGAAUUACGCCAUCAAACUCAACAUCGAGUCAGAGUCGCUCUGGGUCUUUAUACGCACAGCUCUCGCACAAGACAUUUCCAACGCCAACCACUCGGAGACCUAUCAACGUCUUCAAGCCUAUGCCGAGGACUUGCGAAAUGACAAGAGAUAUUCGAUGGCAUCAGAGACUAUAAUUGGUGCUAUCAAAUGGGUCAAAACUCACAGCAAAGAUGUGGAAUGA